AAGGAGAAGCUUGAAGAGGGUUUUAUGCCAAUUUGUGCUCUAGCGUGUUAGAUGAGAAAUCUAUUGUCAAAUAUUCGGUUGUCAACAACUGCUCCUAUGGCAAUUAUGUUAGAUUUAGAAGCAAUUGCAAAGGAAUGGAGGGAAUAUAUGAUCUCAUACAUGUUGCGUUUUAUGUUGUUGAUGCAAUUUUAUGCUGGUACAGUUGGCAUACAAUCACAACAAUUAUAAUUCAACCGAAUAAAAUAGAUCUCUUUUGCUCUGUUCGGUUCCAGAAAAGAUGGAAAAGAGAAAUAAGUGAAUUCAAAAGUUUGAUCUUUUGGACAGAAAGAAGAACUUAUGAGAUCAGGUUUUGCGUGUUGGGGCAGAGCCUUUAA